AUGGAUGCUGAUGAAAGCUUUUUGACUCAACGGUCGCUGCUAAUGGAUGUUAUGAAGCAGCUUGAAGAUCUUCAGAAUGCCAAUAAAAUGGACACUGGCACUAAAGGAAAGGAGGAGAAAAAGCCGGAAGUAGACCCUUCCGAAGGUGUGACCAACACUAACUUUACGGUGUUUGCCCGCGACAUUCGCAAGAAAUCCUCACGAUACUUAAAAAGGGUCCAAAAGAUGUCGAAUAUCAAUCAAAUAUCUUUUAUGCGGCAAAUUGACGUAUCUCCAAAGGAUCGCACCGAAGCUCGACGAGAUCGCGAAAUUGUUGCAGAUAGUUUUCGGAGGUUGGGCAACGAGGAGUACCGACGCACUAGCUAUGAAAAGGCUGUUUACUUUUAUUCCAAGGCCAUUCAGUAUGUGGCUGACUCGCCAGUUCUUUAUUGCAAUAGAGCUCUAGCUAAAAUAAAGAAAAGGGAUUUCAAAAUGGCACUUUUCGACCUGGACUAUGUCAUCUUCCAUCUCGAUCCGGCCCAUUUGAGGGCCUGGCUCUAUAGAGCAGGAGCUCUUGCUCGUCUAAACAAUGAGUCGGAAUUCGAAAUCGCCAUCGCCAAUGCCAGACUGCUAAACAGAUCGCAGAAGGAUAAAAAAUACAUUGAAUAUUUCUUGGAGAAAUUUAAAACUGAAUUUUAGAACGGACAGCAGAACUAUCUACUAUAUACUUUCUAAGAGUUUGUAUCGCGAGUGAAAAUUGGAAAUAAUUUUCAUUGUAACUCGCUUGUGUAAAUCAAUAAAAGCAUAUAAAGCAUAAACA